AUGCUUGCAGGCGAGAUCAACGAUGUUCAUCAUCAGCUUUCAGUAUCUCUGACAAAUAGAUUACCCUAUUAUAUAAGACAAUCGUGCAAAUCGACUUCGGAAAUGGUGCUUGCGAAAUCAAAAGAUCACAAUAACAAACUAUCUGAAGUUGACUCAUCAUCAACAUCAUCAUCAUCGUCUUCGUCGUCAUCGUCCUUGCACACUAAUGAAGAUCAUGGCAAUAAUAGUGUAGCUGUUUUUUCCCUUUCCUCAUCAUCAUCAACAUCAUCCUUAACCGAAUUUAUCGAACCAUCAUCAUUCAUGUCAACACGUAUUCUACCUGCCGGAAUUUAUCGUGAUCAAGAACAACCACCAUCGUCGUCGUCGUCCAAUUCCACUGAACAAAAGUCUUCAGCAUCCCUGACGACACGUUUCAAUGCGUAUCGUCCAUAUGAAAAUAAUCAACUACAAUUUCCAUCCAGUUGUUCCAAUACAUCUUCGUCAUCGUCGUCAUCAUCACUAUCAUUAACCACAAAGAAAGAUUUUCUAAUAAACCACACGCGUACACAAAAUGAACAAACUACAAAUUCAAGUCCUACAGCGUCGAUGCUUUUAAAAACACCGAACUAUUCUCCAACUGUGGAUGCAUUAUCAAUCGAACAAGUUCUCUUCAACAUGGUACGAUUCGAUGUGAUUAAAUCGAAUUUUGGUGACUAUUAUCAAUUGGGUGAAUUUAUCCGAAGUGGAGGAUUUUCCGAUAUCUACGAAGGCACUCGUUUGAGUGACAAUAAACCAGUUGUAGUCAAGUUUAUUCCAAAAGAGAAAACAAAAAAUUGGUUGAUGAUUAGUCAGAAAAAGUAUCCAGCGGAAGUUUUACUACAUAAAGCCGUGCAUGAAAUACAAGGUAUUAUUCAUGUGUAUGAUUAUUUUGAGAAUGCUCAACACUGGAUAUUAGUCAUGGAACGUUUACGUAAUUGUCAAGAUCUAUUCGAUUUUCUCGAGUCGACUGAGAGUGGCCAUUUAAGCGAAGCAACAGCGCGAAAAUUCUUUCAACAAUUAGUGCAUAUCAAUCUAGCCAUGCUACGAAAGGGCGUUGUACAUCGUGAUCUCAAAAGUGAAAACAUUUUAGUUGAUCUGGAAUCCGAAUCACUCGUGUUGAUCGAUUUUGGUGCCAGUGCCAUUUGUAAAUCCUCAACAUCCUAUUAUUCAGAUUUCCAUGGCACAAAACAGUAUAAAUCGCCUGAAUACAUCACGAAAAAGCGUUAUGCAGGUAUUCCAUCGACCGUAUGGACACUCGGUGUGCUGCUGUAUGAUAUGGUUUGUGGUAGUCUACCAUUUGAAAGUGAAGAGGAUAUCACUGGUCACAAGUUAGUUCUCAAACCACAUAUGUCAGCUUCAUUGAAAAAUCUAAUUCAACGUUGUCUCGCCCAAAAUCCUGACCGACGCCCGUCAUUUGAAUCCUUACUGGAGCAUGCUUGGGUUAAAGAUUAA